UAUCCAGUGCUUCUCGGCUCCUACUCUGCCUGUCUUCUCUCUCUCCUGGGAAGAUGUUCCUGGUGGGCCUAACGGGAGGCAUUGCCUCCGGCAAGAGCUCCGUCAUCCAGGUGUUCCAACAGCUGGGCUGUGCUGUGAUUGACGUGGAUGUCAUCGCCCGGCACGUCGUCCAGCCAGGAUACCCUGCUCACCGGCGUAUUGUAGAGGCCUUUGGCACUGAAGUCUUGCUGGAGAAUGGUGACAUCGACCGCAAGGUCCUUGGAGACCUGAUCUUUAACCAGCCUGACCGUCGGCAGCUACUCAACUCCAUCACCCACCCUGAGAUCCGCAAGGAGAUGAUGAAGGAGACCUUCAAGUAUUUUCUCCGAGGGUACCGCUACGUGAUCCUGGAUAUCCCCCUCCUGUUUGAGACCAAGAAGCUGCUCAAGUACAUGAAACACACUGUGGUCGUGUACUGUGACCGAGAGACACAGCUGGCACGGCUGAUGAAGCGGAACAACCUGAAUCGGGAGGACGCAGAGGCAAGGAUCAACGCCCAGCUGCCCCUGAAGGACAAGGCCCGUAUGGCCAACCACGUUCUAGACAACUCGGGCGAGUGGAGCCUCACCAGACGCCAGGCCAUCCUCUUGCAUGCCAAGUUGGAACGCUCCAUGGAGUACCUGCCACUGAGGCUCGGGUUCCUAACGGGCCUAGCAGGCAUUGCCAGCCUCCUUUACCUGCUCACCCGUUACCUUCUCCCUUCUCCCUAGCUGGUACACCAAGGCAGCAAGCCUUAGGUCUUCUCCUUAGAGACCUAAGUCAGGUACCAGGUCCUCAACACUACACUCACUCGGAUUCUGGGACUGGCCCUUGCUCUGGAGUAUAUCCACUCUAGGAUUCAGAGAUCAAAAAGAAGCCCACAGUCAGGGACCCGUUCCCACCCUCCCCAGAGCCCCACCAUCCCCUAGUACCCCUCAGAUCAAGAGCCAUGAUGGCAGGAAAACAGCAGUCUCUGUGGCUUUCUCCAUGGUUACAGCGAUGUAGCCAACAGUUUCUUGGGCUUGAACCUUUUUGGAUCAUCUGUCAUAUUAUGGCCACAAACUCCCCAGUGGACCGCAGCAAAUCCUAGAUUGAAGGCCUUCUUCAAACAGAACUAUCUCCUGGGUUGAAGCCUUUUGCCAGGAUGCAGUGUGAAUCCUUUCUGGGGUUUGGCGUGACUAGGCUGAGGAGGGCCCUUUGGAGAAACCCAGCUUCUGAUGGGGCUUUACUCACAACUUAGCCGCCGCCACUGCCUCUGAGCCCUGCUCUCUCGGUGUUCCCCAGGCCACAUGCUAUCUGACCUCUGUGUCUUCUACCAGAUGCUUCCUGCCCUGCAGUAUCUUACCCCUGGCUGUCUCUGGUCAGGCACCCUUGUUUUAUCUUAAUCCAUGGUAGAAUAAUCAGCAAGAGACUGAUUUCUCCUUGACUAUAUGCCUCUAGAUGGCAGGGCUGACUCAUCUCUGCUCUAGUGUACUGCAGCCUGCUCUCCACUGGUGCUCAAUAAACUGAAUUGGUCUAAAA